AAGUUUCUUCAUCGCAAUUUUGCAACUUGUUGGCUCCAAAUCUUCUCCCUUUUCUCGCUUUCUCUCUCACUCUCAAUCCUAAUCCCCUUAGAUACUGAAUCAGCUCACGCUUUCGACAAUCGAUUCCGCCAUUUUUCUUAUCCUUUGUCUCAAAAUUUCACUCUCUUCCUUUUUUUUUUUUCUUUUUUCUUUUUCUCCACCUCUACCUCACUCUAAUGGCGAUGAGAGGUGUCGAUUUCAAGUGGUAUGAUGGGUUCUUCUUGUCGAUGCUUGCGACUAGUGUCAUCAUUGUAGCUGUCAAUUGGAAGAGAUAUCUUUCGUGUGAAUACCCUUUGCAUAUAUGGAUAGUGGUCGAUUACACCACUGUGUUUAUCUUCCGAGUCUUCAUGUUUGUUGACAAUGGUCUUGCUGCUGGACUUGGCUUGGAUUUUGGAAGUCAACAGCGGAACGCCAUGUUUUGUGGAAGAGUGGUAGUCCUAUCUGUCCUGUCUCUGCUGCUGUAUCCAUUUUUGUGGGCUUGGACUGUAAUCGGUUCACUAUGGUUCUCUAGGGCGAAAAUCUGUUUACCUGAAGAAGGCCAAAAAUGGGGUUUUCUUAUUUGGCUGAUGUUCAGCUACUGUGGCCUCCUCUGCAUUGCUUGCAUCUGUGUCAGAAAGUGGUUGACACGAAGGCAGGUACACGUAUUACGUGCUCAGCAGGGUAUUCCGAUUUCAGAGUUCGGGAUUUUAGUUGACAUGAUUAGGGUACCUGACUGGGCAUUUGAAGCCGCAGGCCAAGAGAUGAGAGGCAUAAGUCAAGAUGCUGCUACAUACCAUCCUGGACUUUACUUGACUCCAGCUCAGACUGAAGCUGUCGAGGCACUCAUUCAAGAACUUCCAAAGUUCAGAUUAAAAGCUGUCCCAGAUGACUGCGGUGAAUGCUUAAUCUGCUUAGAGGAGUUCCAUAUCGGCCAUGAGGUUAGAGGUUUACCUUGCGCCCAUAAUUUCCAUGUGGAGUGCAUAGACCAGUGGCUGCGUUUAAAUGUGAAAUGUCCCCGGUGCCGGUGCUCGGUUUUCCCAGACCUUGAUCUCAGCGCAUUAUCCAACCUCCAGAGCUCAGGAACAGAACAACCCCCACAAGUGAACACAGAAACGACAGAAGCUAGAUACAUAAGAAGCCAACUUCAAAGCGAGAGCUACUUUUUGAGACUUCAAUCCCUAAUCCACCCAGUCCACACAGAUACCGCUCUGGAGACUGCAGAGAAUGGUGGGGUUCCACCUGUCUCGACUGAUCUAUCUCCAUCCCGGAGAUGAGAGAAAGAAAUGAGCCUGUGGAAAUUUUGUACUCAAAACGCUAACUCUUGACUGAUUUGCCUACCCAUUCCUUGUCAGCUUCAACAGUCUUGAAAUGUAAAUAAAUCGGGUUUACAUAUGGUAAGGGUGAAGAAUUAUUCAUGUCCAAACUCUGUCAUGAUAGACAUUGAUCAGAUACCUUUUACUUGGUUAAUGGUUUCAGGUGAAGACCAAUUUUUUCAA